AUGGCGGAUGGCUUGCGAGUUCCCAUUCGACCCACACUCGGCCGGAGUCAGCUGGAGUUCAGGUGCGACCCACAAACAUCCAACACCACUCGCAGGGCACUUAGUAAAGGUGGGGCCUUUCAUGCUUCCAGUAUGAGAGCAGAGCACAUGCAGCCACUUUUGAACUUGCAUUUUCUAAGUGCCCUGCAACUUGUACAUUACUUGCAAAACAUCAGUUUCUCCACAUCAUUUGGUGACCAGGUGCUAUUUGAUGAGAAUGGUGAUGCCUUACCAGUCUAUGGCAUUGUUAACUGGCAGUGGCUCCCUGAUGGAACAAUCAAGGUUAAGAAUGUGGGUGUGGUUCAUAAGUCACUGUCAAAAGGUGAAGAUAUCAGACUUGAAGAAGACACAAUCUUCUGGAACUGGCAGUUCAAAGAGCCACCCCGAUUAGUGUGCAGCAAAAGCUGUCCAUCUGGCACCCGCAUGGCAAGAAAGAAAGGCAAGCCGAUAUGCUGUUUUGACUGUGUGCCAUGUUCUGAGGAAAAGAUCAGCAAUGAGACCGAUUGGUUUGUCUGGCCUAAUCCUCAGCAUAACCAAUGUGUUCCUAAAGGAACUGAGUUCCUGUCCUACCAUGAGCCUCUGGGUAUCUGCCUGACUGCUGCCUCAUUGCUGGGGACAUUUAUCUGUUCUAUUGUCCUCAGGAUCUUCACAUAUUAUUGCAGUACACCGAUAGUACGAGCCAACAAUUCAGAACUGAGCUUCCUGCUCAUAAUUUCACUAAAGCUGUGCUUUCUGUGCUUGCUGCUGUUCAUUGGCCGACCUCAGCUGUGGACAUGUCAGCUGAGACAUGCAGCCUUUGGGAUCAGCUUUGUGCUUUGUGUCUCAUGUAUCCUGGUAAUAACCAUGGUGGUUCUGGCUGUGUUUAAGUCCUCCAAACCAGGAGGUGGAGCCAGGAUGAAAUGGUUUGGUGUCAGACAACAAAGAGGGACAGUUCUGGCUUUGAGUUCUGUCCAGGCAGUAAUCUGCACUGUUUGGCUUGUCUCUUCCUCUCCAGCUCCUCAUAAAAACACUCAAUAUCACAAUGACAAAAUAGUUUAUGAAUGUGUUGUUGGAUCCACAGUUGGUUUUGCAGUGUUAUUGGGUUAUAUUGGCUUUCUGGUCGUCCUCAGCUUCCUGCUUGCAUUUCUGGCCAGGAAUCUUCCUGACAGUUUUAAUGAGGCUAAACUCAUCACUUUCAGCAUGCUGAUAUUCUGUGCUGUGUGGGUGGCAUUUGUCCCAGCUUAUAUCAGCUCUGGUAAAUAUGCAGAUGCAGUGGAAGUAUUUGCCAUCUUGGCCUCCAGCUUUGGGCUUUUGAUUGCACUGUUUGGACCCAAAUGUUACAUUAUUCUCCUAAGACCUGAGAGAAACACAAAGAAGGCAAUCAUGAGCCGAGAUAUUGAGGCUUAA